AUGAAGCGACCUCACUGUGCUGACUUUUUACAAUAUUGCACAUGGAAUUCCACCACAUCCUCGUGUAUAUUUCAUGAAUCAAGAGCUUUUGGAUGUGGUCCUCAAGACGUUUUAUUGAAUUCUGCAGGAUCGACUCGUCACAAUAAUGUAUCAUCGUUUGCUCAAGGACACAAGAAAGAUCGAGUGACAGACGUAUUCGCUGUUGCAGGUUUUACGUGCCAUUGGGACGUGGCAGGUUCUCUUCAACUGGAUCCAGGAGUGAAGGUCACUGUCGAGGGUGAUGAUUGUUUAUUGCACAUUGGAUCAGGUCAGAUGGUUCUGCUAGGGUCAAAGGCAGUACUAUGUGCUUCGUCGUUAAGUAUUGAAGCAUCGUUUGUGCAUCUUGAGGUAGAUGCAAAAAUCACAGCGUCCUACAGUGGUGUAUUUCGUGGUAGCAACGGAUUGUUUACAGGAACGGACGUGUUUGGUGCAAGUCAUGGAGGAGGAGGCGGUCAGCGACUGGUUGCUAACGCAACGAUGCUCACACAGCAGACAACAAGAGGAUUCUUUGAUGUUAGAGGUCAAACAAUUGAUGUACAGCUGAUUGAGAAGAAAGAAGCACUUUUGAAGCACAGCAGCGCUGGAUGGCAGUUGGCGGACUUGUGGGCAAAGGAAAAGACGUUGAUGGCGAACCCAGCGGUCACAACAGCGUAUUUGGAAGGAGGAGAGGACCCAAGUGCAAUGAUUGCGCCUUUUCUUUUUGGGAGCGGCAGUCGAGUGGCGAUUGGUGGAAUUCAACGCGCUGUUACAGUGAAUGGAGGUGGUCGAAUUCAAAUAAAAGCAUCAAAAGAUGUGGUUGUAAUGGAUGGCGCUACUAUUCAGGCAAAUGGAGCCUCUGCAAUUGAGGGAGUUAGCGGCGGGUCAGGAGGAUCCAUUCAUGUAUCAACCAACGCGCUAUCGCUAAGCGGAGGCAUUCAGGCUAGAGGAGGGGAUGCUUUUUGCACAGAUAGUGCUCCAGACCUUGGCAUCACUCAUUGUUUUCCUGCAGGUGGCGGUGGACGUGUCCAGAUCACUUACAUGUCGAGCCAACUGAACGCCAAUGCGAUCGACACAACUGGCGGAACGCUCAGCUCAGACCAAGUAAAGAAAUUUUUGGCGGAGAAAAAACGCUUUCGCCACGUACAAAUAUCAGCGCUUGCUGGUGCAGCAGGCACGUACUAUCAGGUAGUCCAGCAUUCUGACGGGGUGCACGAAGCUCAACUUAUUGUUCGCAACGGCAUGCAGCGUUUGUGGCCCAAUCGUAUUCAAAGCGGCGAUGGAGGAGUAGCGAUUGAUAUUGAUGACAUGGAUACAGUUAUUGGUGGUGCUGUCACGAGUUUAUAUGUGGGGGAUGAUGGUGCAGGCAAGAUUGAUGCAGUAACAAUAUCAGAUGGCGCUGUUGUCGCGACAGGCUGCUUGAAGCUGCCUGGGGCAGACUUGAGGGUUCUCAAUGGUUCAUUUUUCUUGGAUGCGCUACUGGUGGGGUCAGUGCUCGAGCUGCCUGAUUCUACCAGCAGUCACGAAGGCAAUAAGCCACCUCUUUUGCAAAUUCAAGUGCGAGACAUGUUUGUUUCCAGUGGUUCACAGAUGAGUGUACCUACUAGCGCACUGCAGCUGUCUGCUCGCUCUUUGUCGAUGGAUGCGACAGCUGCGCUAGAGUUUGCAUGGAGUGCACAGAUCACUACAAGCCAGAACAUCUACAUUGAUGCCAACGUAUCGAGCGCGCCGUAUCCUGUUAUCGCAGCUCCUGCACUAGCAGUGACACCAUCUACUUCAAUGACUACGACUGAACUGUUUGACAGUAAAAUUUUGACACUUGUAAGUGGGGGUGAAGUUGCAUUGGGUGGAGUUCUCGCUGUUGGGGCACUGUCCGUAUUAUCCGAAUACUCGAUAUCAAUUAAUGGCCACCUCGAAGCGUUCAAUCGUCCCCGCAUAGAAUCAGCCUUCCGCUCCUGCAAGGAGCAACAAUGGGCAUUACUUCGUUUCUCUCAGGGAGACUUAGUUACAAACGAUUCGCAAAAUGGCCCUGAAAUAGGGUCUACGACGCCUGUCGUUCCCUCACCUUUACCGAUAGUUAGCAACUUUACAUUAGAGCUGUACGCGCGGGGAUCAAUUUUUGUUGGUGAAUCGGAAAAGAAAAAGCAACAGCUUACAGACCAAAUUCAGUAUGAUGAUGAAAUAUCUCCGCAGCCGGCUGGAGUUUUGCGUGGAGGUGCCGUCUUGCUUUGUGCAACUGACUCUGUCGAAAUCUCGCAAGAGUCAAUUGUAUCCGCAGAUGGGACAGGAGAACUGGCAAAUCAGGGCCCCGGCAUGGGAUCGUGUGCUGGCUCUAUUGGUGGUGGGGCAGGCUACGGCGGCCGCGGAGCUGAUUCAAGUCUAGUGACUAAAAUCGGCAAUUAUGCAUCUGGUGGUCUGCCAUACGGAACUCGAUCGGGUGCAGGUAUGCUAGGCUCGGGUGGUGGUUGUGUAGAUGGUGGAAACGGUGGCGGUAUCAUAAUAAUUGGUGCUUCUGGCCUCGUGCUAAAUGGUAAAAUCCAAAGUAAUGGUGAUGGUGGUGCAAAUGGUGCAGGGGGUGGCUCUGGAGGCUUCUUGGGACUAUCCGUAGGGCAGUAUCUGCGUGGCCAUGGACAUAUUAGCGCUGUGGGUGGUGGAUCUGAAUGUACCGACACUUUGUCAACUGUCACGAGUGGCACAAUGUGGCAGAAAACCGUAUUUAUGAACGAAAACAUUUACGAUGAGGCGACUGGCGAAGACGAAACAGCUCAGCCACCAGUGAGUUCAACGGCCACUUCUCGCCUUUGCGGCGGCGGCGGCGGUGGUUCCACCUCGUACAGAUUGGCUAGUGAUGAUGGCGACACGCCGGCAUUGCCAGACACCCCAGCAUCGUCGGCUGCACAACAGUCCAUUGUCCCAGCAGGCGCGAGUGGGUCAUUUUUUGGUUUUCCAUGCCCGCCUGGCUCUGGCGGACUAUUCUGUCGCUUGUGCACAGUGGGGAAAUACAAGUCAGAAAGCAACAGUGCGGAGUGCGUCGCGUGCAUUAACGCGCCACCAAAUGCCCACUACAUUGGAUUUGGCGCCACUAGCGCGCGUUGUGAUUGGGCAUGCGACCCCGGAUAUUCAGGAUAUUACUGUGUAUCACCCAUUCAACAGCUACUCGACGCAUGCGGUGGCGAGAUUGGUUUUGCGCUUGUGCUAAUGAGCAUAGUGACCUUCUUUAUUUUACUGGGAUACGCAUGUCGAAAUCGCAAGGAGCCGUCGUACACUCGAAUGUACAACAGUCGAGGUACCAAGGGUGAAAGGCAGCAUUUACUGUCUUCUGCUGUAGCUAACUCGCAACGUAGCUGGUUUGCUUCACUAUUUCGCUGUUUUUACUGGCCAAGGGUUGGCUACCCAAAGCUUAUGGAGCGUGAUCUUCCUGAGCACAUGGCGCGACUGUACUUGGCCGGGUACAACGAACCAGCCUCUCCGUUAAAGCUUCGCACGACCGUUCCACCAGCUCUAAAAAGGGUCCUCUAUGAUGUUGAAUUUAAAAACUUGGCGGACCGGAUCAACCGCGCUUUGGCUUGGCAGCGUGGCCCAUGCUCCAGCUGGGGGAAGAUCGUGCAUUUUUUAGUGGCAUUGAUAUGCUACCCAUUCGCGUCUGAAGUAAAACUUUUCCGGCGGCAUAUUCGCGUGAACGAGCUCAAGCGAAUUAUCGCAAAGUACAAUCAUGCUUGUAUGAAGGGACCCCGAGCUCGUGGUUUACUCAAUGCGGUUAAGCUCGGCUACUGUGCUGAUUAUUCUCUUGUAUAUCUAGAGUUGCUGUACAAGGAAAGCUCGCAAUCGGUAUGCGUACCUACAACUAAGAUCGGCAAGCCGUCACUGCCGCUCGUUCUAUUGUUUGCUGGGUGUGGAACAUAUUUCUCUCCUUUUUACUUGGACCCAAACGAUUUGCUUGUGCGGUCAAUUCCUCAGUGUCCUGAACUGACCGCUUUUAUCGAUGAGCCAUGGAUUGAAUUUGUUGCUGAGCUCAACGAGCUGCUGCGUGUUGUGCAGCGCGAUGCGUUUUCACUUGUUGAGUCGCUUCUUCCUGUAGCUGUGUAUUUGGAGAAACAACGCGCGCUAUCUUCCAUGGGAAAGAACUCAAGCAAGCUUGGAGGAUUACGUAUUUAUCUUGGUAGAUUCUAUGUCCAAGACGAGUUGAGUAUGGGGGAGGAAUUUAAGCUCGGCGUCUUCCUUUCGACAGCAGAGGAGUCGCGAGACAAUGGCGGCAGCAGUAACAAUGUCAGCCUCCAGCAACCUCAACCAUCCUCUUGUCGACAAGGCUAUGGUAGUCAUUACCCAAAAGAUUCUAUCUACUAUAACAUUAAUGAUGUGUAUGGGUAUGGUCGUGGAAAUUCAAUGGAUUAUCAUGGACACCGCCAUAAUGGUGGUAUUGGUAAUGACGGUAUGCUCUACGAUAUGGGCGGGUGGGGUGCAGCACUAAACAACAGUGGGGCGUCACAUGGAAGAAGUCGGAGUACUACUGGUGGAAGUAGUAAUGCAGCUGGUCAAAACCCUGUGAGUAGUAUCCGAGAAGAGGCACUGCGUAUUCGAUCUUCAAGCUCACAUGGAGACGGCUUAGCAGGUAAUGGACAUGCAGGAAAAGGUGAGAAUGCAGACGAUGUGUUGGUACUGAUGGGGUCCGGAUCUGCAAAGAAGACGAGUAUCAACAACGCAACGCAUCAUUCUUUUUACAAAGGUUGGCUAGGACCUGUUGAUGCUUCGCUUCCGGUGCCAGGUGUAUUAAUUUGUGCUGUCGAGCUACGUGAACGUCUUGCUGAUCGAGCCCAAUGUCAAAUGAUCUGGCAAUUACGUUUGCCAUUUUGGUCAACUUGA